CCACCAAUAGGUCCCCAGUCGAGAGCUGAAGCCCUGAAGCAGAGAGCCGGAGAGAGAAAGGAGACGACUUCUCCCAAAUCUCAUCUCGCCUCGUCUUCCCCGCCGCCGGCAAGCCCUCCAGCCAUGCCUCCCUCCCCGGCCUCCGCGGGCGGCGCCGCCAGCGCAUCGCCCUCGGGCUCCUCCCCAGCCUCCGCCUCCGCCUCCGCGUCGGCGGCCGCCGACCCGGCCGCCCCGUCCUGGUGGGAGUCCGUGUCCCAGGCGCGGUCCCGCAUCCUGGCGCUGGCCUCCAUCCUCCCGCCGGAGUCCUCCCCGCCCGUGGCGGCGCUGGCGGACACGGACCGCCCGGCGCGCGCGCUCCUCCGCUCCGCCGCCGCCUACGAGGCCCUCUCGGGCGCGCUCCGUGCUGGGGGCGGCGCCGACGACCCGGCCUGCCACUGGCUCUACGACACGCUCCUCUCCCAGGACCCGGACCUCCGCCUCGCCGCGCUUGCCUUCCUCCCGCUGCUCUCCUCGCUAUACCUCCUCCGCCUUCCCCCACCGCUCCCUUCCUCGCUCUCCGGCUUCGAGGCCGUCCUCCUCGCCGUCUACUCCUCCGAGGCCAAGGCCCGCCAGGGCAAGCCCGUCCUCGUCCACGUCCCCGACCUCUCCGCCCCUUCCCUCUACCACACCCCCCAGUCCAGCUCCAGCUCCAGAUCGCCUCGCCGCCAGCAUCCGCCGCCGAUCCCGCCUCCCCAACCCAAUGUGGUUGUCGGCGUGCUCUCCCCGCCGCUGGAGCCACAGGCGGCCGUGAAGUCGACGAAGCGGGCGGGGAUCAUCGGGGUCGCCUUUGAGGCGUACUAUGCCAAGAUCUCGCUCAUGCCCCCUGCAUCCAAGGUGGAUGCUUGCAAUGCCGUGGCGGCCUGGGCGGGGCAGUACUGCAGGUGCCGGUUUGAGCUUGAUGAGAAAGAGCUGGAGGAAGAGGAAGGGGAUUCUGUCGGUUCCAUGUCGCCGUUGUCGAUGGAUGCCAAGAAUGGUAACGGGAAGGCCUUGGAGGAGGAAUUGGCAAGGAUGCGUCUCAAUGGAGACAGCAACGGGCGGAAUUGUGGUAAGGAGGAGGAGCUACAGCAGGCUAGGGUGCAGCUCCCAUGGGAGCUACUGCAGCCAGUGAUGAGGGUUCUUGGGCACUGCUUGCUUGCACCUCUGAACCCGGUGGAGGUGCGGGAUGCCGCGGCAGUAGCUGUUCGGGUUGUCUAUGCCCGUGCGUGUCAUGACCUUGUGCCGCAGGCAAUCCUGGCAGCCAGGAGCUUGAUCGAGCUUGACAAAAGCGCUUGCAAGGCUGCUAAGGCGGCAGCUGCAGCAGCCUCUGGAGUAAUGGUGGCAUCUGGCAUCACUGGAAGCACUGCAUCCAGUUCCAGGCCAAGUUCCAGGCCAAGUUCCAAGCCAAACACACCGAGCAAGCAGAGGAAACCUGACAUGCUGCUCGUGUCCAAAUGAGGUCAAUUGUUUCACAUCCUUUGGAGUAGGAGUGGUGGUGGUAAAGACUUUAUUUCUGAUGAAUUUGUCAAUGAAAUGUCGAGAAAACCUAGUAUACCUUACAAUGGGGGAAGAUUGAUUGUUAUGGCUCGGAAAACUGCUGGUUUGGUAUGCUACCAACUGUGUAUUGUAUGUUAACUUGCCUUAAGCCCUUAUGUAGUCAUGUUACUUGUUGCAUAUAGUUUACCAAUCAAUAUAUUUCAUGAUUCUGCUCGUGGGUUGAUGAGGAGAAACUGUUGGAAUGAAUCUGUUGUUAAUGUUUAUAGUUGUAAUGUCAA